AUGCCAUUGAAGGUAUUUUCUCAACAUGCAGAUGUGAGUUUGAGACGUCAUAGCCCCACAGAAGACACAGAGCAGGAGGAAGAAGAGGAGGAAAUGGCAGCUUCUCAGGGACGGUUGACAUUCCAGGAUGUGGCCAUAGACUUCACUGAAGAGGAGUGGAAAUGCCUGGACCUCAGUCAGCGAGAAUUGUACAGGGACGUGAUAUUAGAGAACUACAGGAACCUGGCCUCCUUGGCAGGUCUUGUGGUCUCUAAGCCAGACCUGGUCACCUUUCUGGAGCAAAUGAAGAAUCCCUGGGAUGUAAAGAGACUGGAGACACCAGCCAUAUACACAGGGUGUGGCAACACCUCUAAUCAGAAUUCAGAGCUUAGUCAGGAUCAGCAAAUCCAUACUGGCAAGAAACCUUAUGAAUGUAAAGAAUGUGAAAAAGCAUUUAGGUCUUCCUCAAACAUUAGUCGACAUCAGCAAAUUCACACUGGGGAGAAGCAUUACAAAUGUACAAAGUGUGGCAAAGCCUUUAAUCAGAUGUCACAUCUUACUGAACACCAGAGAAUUCAUACUGGAGAGAAACCUUAUAAAUGUAAAGAAUGUGGAAAAGCCUUCAGUCACAACUCAACGCUUACUAACCACCAGCGAAUUCAUACUGGAGAGAAGCCUUAUAAAUGUAAGGAUUGUGGCAAAGAAUUUAACCAGUGUGCAGGUCUUACUUACCAUCAGAGAAUUCAUACUGGAGAGAAACCUUAUAAAUGUAAAGAUUGUGGCAAAGAAUUUAAGAAAUGCUCAGAUCUUACUUACCAUCAAAGAAUUCAUACUGGAGAAAAACCUUAUAAAUGUACAGAAUGUGGGAAAUCUUUUAACUUUAGUAAGCACUCAGGUCUUACUGACCAUCAGAGAAUUCAUACUGGAGAGAAGCCUUAUAAAUGUAAGGAUUGUGGCAAAGCGUUUAAACAGCACUCAUGUCUUAGUAAACAUAAAGUUAUCCAUACUGGAGAGAAGCCUUAUAAAUGUAAGGAUUGUGGCAAAGACUUUAGCAGGCACUCAUGUCUUACUAAACAUCAAGUAAUCCAUACUGGAGAGAAAUCUUUUAAAUGUAAAGAAUGUGGCAAAGCCUUCAGUUACUACUCAGGUCUUACUCAACACCAGACAAUUCAUACUGGAGAGAAGCCUUAUAAAUGUAAAGAAUGCGGAAAAGCCUUCAGUCACUACUCAACUCUUACUCAACACCAGAGAAUUCAUACUGGGGAGAGGCCUUAUAAAUGUAAGCAUUGUGGCAAAGCCUUUAGCAAGCACUCAGCUCUUACUUACCAUCAGAGAAUUCAUACUGGAGAGAAACCUUAUAAAUGUAAGGAUUGUGGGAAAGCAUUUAGAGUGCACUCAUGUCUUACUAAACAUCAAGUAAUCCAUACUGGAGAGAAGCCUUAUAAAUGUAAGGAUUGUGGCAAAGCGUUUAGACAGCACUCAUGUCUUACUAAACAUCAAGUAAUCCAUACUGGAGAGAAACCUUAUAAAUGUAAAGAAUGUGGAAAAGCCUUCAGUUACUACUCAACUGUUACUCAACACCAGAGAAUUCAUACUGGGGAG